GGGUGUUACCACAUGAGCCAGCGGAUGAGGACACCAACGUGGUUCACUGAGAGCAGACUGACGGAGUUGUUUUUAUUCCACAUCAUAUGUGUGGUAUCAUUGAUUAUUAGAAAUGACUGAAACUAAAGCAGAAACGGCUCCAAAGCCCGCCAAACAGCUGCUGGCUCUGAAUCCCAAACAAGAGUCCGAGUUCAAGAAGAAGGUGCAGGAGGCGAAGAAGAACAAAUCCAGCAAGGAGAGCCAUUUGGCCCCUGGAGUGGUUUAUGUGGGUCACCUUCCUCACGGGCUGUUCGAGCCUCAGCUCAAACCUUACUUCGAACAAUUUGGGAAAGUCCUGAGGCUGCGGCUGUCCAGGAGUAAAAAGACAGGUGGCAGCAAAGGCUAUGCGUUUAUUGAGUUUGAUUGUGAUGAAGUUGCCAAAAUUGUUGCAGAGACCAUGAACAAUUACCUCAUGGGAGAGAGACUCAUCAAAUGUCAUGUGGUUCCCCCAGAGAAGGUGCAUGAGAAGAUGUUUGUUGGCUCUCAGAAGGUAUUUAAAAAGCCCUCAUUACCUGCUGUAUCGCGCUACAACAAGACGCACACAGAGGAGCAGGUCACCAAGAUGAAGGACAAACUGCUGCGGAAAGAAGCAAAGCUCCGC